AACUCAGCAUCCAGGGGGUUCGACGAGGUUUUUAAGCGGCGGGGAAUAUCUGGCAGAGCUGGAGGCCAAGCAGUAGGUCAAUACUCGGUAGAUUUAGACGAGGGAGAUGGCACAGAGAGAGGCUGGGUUCGACCACUGGGCCGACUACGUGACCCUUGCUAUAUACUUCUUGGUGGUUUUCUCCGUGGGGAUAUGGUCUAUUUUCAGAUCUAAAAGAAAUACGGUGUUCGAUUUCUUCCUUGCGGGUCGCAGUCUGCCUUGGUGGCCUAUUGGCCUGUCUAUCUUCGCCAGCAACAUUGGUAGCGAACAUUUCAUUGGCCAGGCUGGAACUGCAGCAGUCACAGGGGUCGCUGUGGUCGUUUUCGAGUGGAACGCUAUACCAUGUCUGCUUGCCCUGGGCUGGAUAUUCCUCCCUGUCUAUAUCGCUACUGGGGUAAGUAUCAUUACUUAG